AAGUUGCCAUUUUUUCGAGCCAUUUUUACAUGAGUUUAUGCGACCAAAGGCAGAGUGUGAGUUUUAACCCAGUCUUUUGCUGUUGUUCGUUUUUCAGCAGUGUGCUAGAAAUACUGAAGAGGAACGUUUCGGAAACGCGGGUUUGUUUUACACCGGGUUAGAGCGCAGAGGAGCUCGGCGCUCCACUUCUCUGCAGAUAGCUGCUUAGCUGUUAGCUAACGUUAGCGUCUCCUGUAAACAAACACAACUCGGUUCAAAGGCACAGCAGCUUCCUCCUGCUGGUUUUCAUCACCAUAUUUCUCUAUAAUUUAUCAUUUAAGAGCCACAACAGCGUUAGAAACAGCUCUCUGUUCAGUGCACAAAGCUGAUGCCGAUUAUCUGCGAGUUAAGCUGCGCAACUUCAGUUUUGAUGACGGUGCGAGCUCCUUCAAAAUAGCUCGGAGCUCAGUUGCUUUGGAGCAGGUCGGGCUCAGUUUGUGCUGGGAGCGGGAACAGAAGAAGUGGUCGGCAUGUCGUCCUUCUCCGAGUCGGCCCUGGAGAAGAAGCUGACGGAGCUGAGCAGCUCCCAGCAGAGCGUCCAGACUCUCUCUUUGUGGAUCAUUCACCACCGCAAACACUCGGGCCUCAUCGUCAAAGUGUGGCACCGGGAGCUGAAGAAGGCUAAAAGCAACAGGAAGUUGACAUUCCUGUAUCUGGCAAAUGACGUCAUCCAGAACAGCAAGAAGAAAGGACCCGAGUUCACCAAAGACUUUGAGUCUGUCCUUGUGGACGCCUGCUCCCAUGUAGCAAGUGAAGUGGAUGAUGGUUGUAAAAAGCAAAUGGAGAGGCUGCUGAACAUCUGGAAGGAGAGGAAUCUCUACAGAGGUGAUUUCAUUCAGCAGCUCAAACUGGCCAUAGAGGACUCCAGCAGCCCCAGACCCUCAGAAGAGAAAAAGGCUGUAAAACGAAGUUAUCAGAAGAUCCAGGAGGAUGAAGAGGAUGACGACGAUGACUACAGAAGCCACACAUCUCCCCGCAACUCGGAUUCCGCCGCGAAUCAGCUGACAGAGGAGCUGGUGAAAGCUCUGCAGGACUUGGAGAACGCCGCAUCAGGCGACGCAGCGGUGCGCCAGAAGAUCGCCUCACUUCCACAGGAAGUUCAGGAUGUUUCCCUCCUAGAGAAGAUUACUGACAAGGAGGCGGCGGACAAGCUGUCAAAAACGGUGGACGAGGCGUGUUUGCUGCUGGCGGAGUACAACGGACGGCUGGCAGCGGAGCUGGAAGACCGCCGGCAGCUCGCCCGCAUGCUGACUGAAUACAUCAGCAGCCAGAAGGAGGCGCUAGUGGAAAGGGAGAAGAAGCUGGAGGAGUACAAACAGAAACUGGCGCGAGUGACUCAGGUGAGAAAGGAGCUCAAGUCCCACAUCCAGAGUCUUCCGGAUCUGUCGCUGCUGCCCAACGUCACCGGCGGCUUGGCUCCCCUCCCCUCCGCCGGAGACCUCUUCUCCACCGACUGAGAGCUGCCAGGCUGAACAGACUCCUGCGACUUCCCUCCUCAGCCGACCUCAGCCCCGUGUUUGAGCAACAAGGACGCACCUGGCUUUGCCUCCAACACUGAAGGCACAUGUUCUCUCAGAAGAGCAGCUUAGUCCACCCGCUAAACUCAUCUGGACUAGAAGACAAUGAGAAGAGAAGCAGAGGAGAACAGAGACUCUGCCCGAAUGGAGUCUCUGCCACCAGCCUGGAAGUUUGUGUUCCUGAUAUUUUUUAUUUGCUUUUAAAUGGUGAAAUGUUGUUUCAGUUAAAGCCUCAUCCCAUGUGAUGCGUUUCCCCAAUUGGUCUAGGUUAUGGAUGCAGGCUGAAGAGGAUAAUAUUCGUUAGUUUUAUUUUGGGUUUUGUUUUUUCUUGGCUGGCUUGGAGGCUUUUUAUCAACACUCUGCCAGAUGAGCAGUUUAGUGUGUGAAAAGAUCAUGUUGGGCUCAGCAGGGGUGGAGUUUUGUUUUCUCAUCUGUUACAUCACAUCUUAAGUUUAGUAACACUUUUAAGUCCGCUUAAACCAGAUGUGUUGAGUAAAAGCUUCCAGAUAGAAAUGAUCAAAUUAAAAGAUAAAUUCUUGUCUUCUGGUUUUUGACAAAAAAAACCAACAAAAAACUGUUUCCAACCCAAAAGUAUCCCUUUUUUGUGUGUGUGUUUUUAGGUUUAGACAUAUGGUUAAGUUCAUUGAUGUUAGUUUUGCAAAAACAAGCUGGACUGAAGAAAUAUUACAAAGUUUUCUUUCAAAGAAACUGUUUUGUAUGUGCUUGUGUGUAAACGAUACAUGGGAAACGCUAAAACCUAAAAAUACAGUAUCUUCUGAAAGGAAAAAAAUGCCUUAUGUUGCAUGUUUAGAGUUUGGAAAUACAAAGAAAAAACAAAUUCACUUAUCAAAAUCCGUCUGACUGGGAAAUAAACUUCAGGGCCAUUUC